AGGUCUGGUUCACAAAAUGGCGGUUUACUUCGCGGAGCCGUGAGCAUACAGCGCGCUGCACUGCCGAGUUUCCCCGCGAUGUCGAGGCCCGCGGCGCCCAGCGCGGCUUGAUAUCGCGGCACGUGUGCGCGCGGCCGGUGGCGACGAUUAGGGGACAGGUGCGAUCCCGGGCGGCGCGCGUCGGUGACGAAACGCCGUUGGGUCGUCGGUGCGACGCGUACGGACCCGUAGCCAUGCAGAAAACAUCGCUGUACCAUCCUGAUCGACGUCGCGAACGAUUCCUCGCACUUCUCCCCGGCCUGCCGUCCAGCUUAUUUCGAAAUCGAAAAUGUACCCAUUUUCGCAAAUUGAGCUCGAAUAUUGUCGCGCACAGUCCUGCCUGCUCGUCAGGAGUGUGCGGCGCAAUUCUCACGAAAACGUUAGAAUCCGAAUCCGGUAAGGAAUCCGGUUCCGAUUCCGAGAACGAGAGCAAAAGCGACAGCUCCUCUUCCGGCAGUAACAGCGGCUCGGGAUCUGGAUCCGAGAGCGACUCUAGCUCCUCGAGCGGUUCCGGCUCCGGAUCGGGCUCCGACUCGGAAAAGUCGGAGAAGUCGGAUGCACCUGCUGCACAAAGCGAUAGCUUCCAGAGCAAAGGCUCGAAUCACAGCACCGAGGCAAAGCUUAGAGUUAAACAUGAAUCUAGUCGCGAGUGGGACGAUAAUCCUGACAUAUACGGCAUCAGGAGGUCGGGCCGUUCCAGGAAGGAGCCUGACAGACUCGCGACGAAUCGCGAGAGCGACAGUGACGGUCGCAAAAAAUUUAAGAAGAAAGGUUCACACAAUUCAUGGAAUUCAGAGAGUUCAGAUUCAGAAUCUGACGAAACUGAGACACGUAGACCCCCACCUAGCAAGUCCCUGAACAGGCGCGCUGCGCAAAAGGCGAAAGAGAAAGCCAGAGUGCGAAAGAAGCAGAUUUCUGAAUCUUCUGACAAUUCUUCCUUCGACAGCGAUGAUAAUAGAAGGCAAGUUAGUAGACGAACAGGCACCGCAGUUAGUUACAAAGAGGAAAGUGAGGAAGGUACCGACAGCGAGGAUUUGGUUGAAGUUGACGAGUCGAACGCUGCGUCAACAGAGCCCGACAAUGCGGAGACCAUUGAACAAAUUUUGGGACAGAGGAUGGGCAAGAAAGGAGUUACCGGCAACGUGACGACAAUCUACGCUGUCGAAGAAAACGGCGAUCCUAAUCCAGAGGAUCUAAGUAACGUAGAGACCGAGGUGCAAUACUUGAUCAAAUGGAAGAGCUGGUCUCACAUACAUAAUACGUGGGAAUCGGAGGAAACGUUGAAGUCACAAAAAGUAAAAGGAUUGAAGAAGUUAGACAAUUUUAUCAAACGUGAACACAGAAUCGAACAAAUGAGAGCGUACGCUGAGCCAGAAGAGUUGGAUUAUUUAGAGUGUCAAUUGGAACUUAAACAAGAUCUUCUGAAAAGUUACAACAACGUUGAGAGAAUUAUCGCUGACUUCAAGAAACCCGACUCCGAACUUCCUGAUUAUUAUUGUAAAUGGGACAAUUUGUCGUACGCCGAGGCCACAUGGGAGGAUGGAACUUUAAUAGUGAAAAAAUGGCCGGAGAAAAUAACGGAAUUUCGCGACAGAGAAGAAUCCAAAAGAACACCAAGCAAGCAUUGCAAGGUUCUCAAAUCUAGACCAAAGUUUUACCAGCUGAACGAACAACCUGUUUACAUGGGCAUAGAAAAAGAUUUAAUAUUGAGAGAUUAUCAAAUGGAUGGGCUUAAUUGGAUGAUACAUUCUUGGUGCAAGGAAAAUAGCGUUAUAUUAGCCGAUGAAAUGGGCCUCGGCAAAACAAUCCAAACGAUAUGCUUCCUUUAUUACUUAUUUCACACGCAACAACUUCACGGGCCAUUUUUACUAGUAGUCCCUCUGUCGACAAUGACUUCCUGGCAGAGAGAGAUGUCUCAGUGGGCACCUGACAUGAAUUUCGUCACUUACUUGGGCGAUGUUAAUUCUCGUAAUGUUAUUAGGGAAUACGAAUGGUGCUACCGAGGUUCGAAAAGGCUAAAGUUCAACGUCAUACUUACGACGUACGAGAUAGUACUUAAGGACAAAGCAUUUUUGGGUGCCUUAAAUUGGGCGGUAUUGCUAGUGGAUGAAGCUCAUCGAUUGAAGAACGACGAUUCGUUAUUAUACAAAGCACUUACCGAAUUCCACACCAAUCAUCGUUUAUUGAUCACUGGUACUCCGUUACAGAACAGCUUGAAGGAGCUGUGGGCCUUAUUACAUUUUAUCAUGCCUACAAAGUUUACCUCUUGGGAAGAAUUUGAGAAGCAACACGACAACGCCGCACAGAAGGGAUACUCUAAGCUGCACAAGCAAUUAGAACCAUUCAUACUGCGUCGAGUUAAGAAAGACGUCGAGAAAUCUUUACCUGCUAAAAUCGAGCAGAUCUUGCGAGUAGAAAUGACGUCCUUGCAGAAACAAUAUUACAAGUGGAUAUUGACCAAAAAUUACGAGGCGUUGCGGAAAGGCGUGAAAGGUUCUACUUCGACAUUCUUGAACAUCGUUAUCGAGUUGAAAAAGUGCUGCAAUCACGCCUUUCUCACGAAACCGAACGAGGCCGAGAGGGAAAAGACUAACGAAGAUUACUUGCAGCAAAUAAUUCGUGGCUCUGGCAAAUUAGUGCUCCUGGAUAAAUUACUAGUGAGAUUGCGCGACACGGGACACAGAGUACUAAUAUUUAGCCAAAUGGUGAAGAUGUUAGACAUUCUCGGUGAAUAUCUGCAAAAGAGGCACUUCCCAUUCCAAAGAUUAGACGGAAGUAUAAAGGGAGAGCUACGGAAACAGGCGUUGGAUCAUUUCAAUGCCGAGGGAUCGCAGGACUUUUGUUUCCUACUGUCCACGCGAGCCGGUGGUCUCGGCAUUAAUCUCGCUACCGCGGACACUGUGAUAAUUUUCGAUUCUGACUGGAAUCCACAAAAUGAUUUGCAGGCCCAGGCCAGAGCGCACCGAAUAGGACAAAAGAAUAAGGUAAAUAUCUAUCGAUUGGUUACCAAAAAGUCGGUCGAGGAAGAAAUCGUUGAGCGUGCGAAGCAGAAAAUGGUUCUGGACCAUUUGGUGAUACAGCGAAUGGACACGACCGGGAGGACAGUGUUAGAUAAGAAGAACGCGGGGACCAAUAGUAAUCCGUUUAAUAAAGAAGAUUUGACUGCUAUUUUAAAAUUCGGCGCCGAGGAUUUGUUUAAAGACGAGGAAGACGGAGAUGAGGAACCUGCUUGUGAUGUUGAUGAGAUAUUAAGAAGAGCUGAAACGAGAGACGAAGCGCCGACAACAGUUGGCGACGAAUUGUUGUCAGCCUUUAAAGUUGCCAGUUUUAAAACAGCAUUUGAAGAGGAUUUGGAACCCAUUAAUCAGGCAAAUGACAACGACGAUGAAAGUAAAGAUUGGGCGGAAAUUAUUCCGGAAAAUUUCCGAAGGAAAGUGGAAGAGGAGGAAAAGUCGAAGGAAAUGGAAGAUCUUUACCUACCGCCGAGAAGUCGGAAAACUUUACAGCAACUCAAUCAGAGCGAAGGACGCAGAAAACGGAAAAAAGAGCAAGAUGAUAGCGAGGAUGGUGAAGAGUCAGGUAGCGAGGCGGAAGGAAGCGACGAUGACAGGCCUAAGAAGAGGGGUAGACCGAGACUGCCGCGCGAGACUAUCAAGAGCUUUACUGACGUUGAGAUACGACGGUUCAUCAAAAGUUACAAAAGGUUCCCGGCGCCUGUGAAACGAUUAGAUGAUAUCGCGACGGACGCGGACUUACAAGAGAAACCAAUGUCGGAAUUGCGCUUCUUAGGCGAGCUACUGAUGUCCAGAUGCGACGCGUGUUUAGUAGAAUUCGAGAACACCUCGAAAGAGAAUAAAGGUGGCGAGGAAGAUAGCAAAGGAGGACCGGGUCGUAAGAGAGGACGCGGACCGACCUUUAAGAUUGGCAAUGUAAUGGUGAACGCGAAGUCUUUCUCGGCUGCGGUUAAAGAGCUCGAGCCUCUGGAGCAAGCUCUGCCGUCUGAUCCUGAGCAACGUGCUAAUUGGCACCUCGACAUCAAAUUAAAACCAGCCAAUUUCGAAUGCGACUGGAAUAUCGAGGAUGACACUAGAUUAUUAAGGGGUAUAUAUCAGCACGGUAUGGGUUCGUGGGAGGCGAUAAAAGCAGAUGCCAGUUUGCAACUUGGGGACAAGAUCUUUCCCAAUGGCAAUAAAGUGCAACUCAAACGCGUGAAUGCACGCGCGGAAUAUCUCUUGAAGCUUUUGAAGAAGCAGAUUGAUCUUAAGUUAGGAGUGACGCGAAUGAGAAAGCCGAGAAAGACCAAGGAGAUGAAAACUGCAAUCACUAAAGAGAUUGUAGAAGAUAACGACAGUUCUGGUGAUGAAAACAAAAAAUCGAAAUCCAGAAUUGAUAAAUCUGCGGUUAAAAAAGAAGAAGACAGCAUCGCGAAGAAAGAGAUCAAGGAAGAGAUGGAUAAUCUAUCGGAUGAAAAGAAAAAAGACAAGAAGGCCAAGAAGGAGAAGAAGGAUAACAAGAAGGCGAAAAAGAAUAAGCAAGUAGCAGGUCCCAUGCACUUUACUGCGAAUAACGAACCGAGGGCUGUCGAUGUAAUCGGCGAAUUAGACCCACCAGUAUUUGACGAGUGCAAAGAAAAGAUGAGGCCAGUAAAGAAGGCAUUGAAGGCCUUAGACACACCGGAUAUGUCUCUGAGUGAGGAAGAGCGAGUUGCUCGCGCGCGUCGAUGUCUUUUCCAAAUCGGGAAUCAUAUCAACGCAUGUCUGGCAGAAUAUAGAACUCCUGAACAAGUCGGCGAAUGGAAAAGCAAUCUCUGGUACUUCGCUUCCAAGUUUACGAACUUCACAGCGAAGAAGCUUUACAGGAUGUACAGGAACGUGGUGAAACAAGAUGGCGAUAGUAACGGCGCCACAUCCAGCCCUGAUAAAAAGGAAGACGCGUCUGGUACUGCAAAGAAACACAAUGAAAAGACGUCUCACGAGAAACAUUUCGAUAAGCAACAACAGGCAGACAGCAGUAAUAAGGAUAGCAGAAUAACGAAACGUAAAAUUGACGAUAUCGAGGAGAACUCGAAUAGCAGUACGCAAAGUAAGAAACUCCUCACGAGUAUUUCCGCUGUUAGCAGCAAUCUCAGCAGCACGUCUGCAGUAACUAUUGGUGCUCUUACAAUUACGCCUAUAACGUCGGCGCCAAAUUCCACAUCGAGUACUACUAACAGUGCAGACAUAUCGCGACACAAAGAGCAAAAGGAAUCGAAGCACAAAGAUAUGAAAAGAGAUAGGGAUCGUGACAGAGAUCGAGACAGAGGACACGACAGAGGCGAUAGAUUAGGCAUAGGGAAAGACGAAAGAAUGAGAAGGGAUGGAUAUAACAUGGGGCAUUACAGUGGUAGCAGGGAAGAUGAUCAUUGGUUACCUAGAGACGGGAGAGAUAUGAGAGACAGCAGAGAUAUGAGAGACAGCAGGUACGGAUUCGCAGAUCAUAAACGUGAUCGUUUCGAACCUUACGGUCGGAUGUCUAGUGGUUAUCACAGAGAUAGAGACAGAGAUCGGGAUCGUGGUAUGCUCAUGAACGACAAAAGAAAUGAUUAUUAUACCCGAUACCCACCGAGUUACGGAUAUGGACCAGGUAGCUAUGGUGGUAGCAGUGGUGGUAGUGGUUAUCCUUCUCCGGAUAUUCCAUCGACUCACUACAGAAAUCGUGGCUACGCGGGUGACAGCUACCCGAACGAAUGGCGGCAGAACAAAGAUUACAGGCGAGAUUUCGAUAGAAGACCACCGCCACCAAACGCCAACUCCUAGUGCUUCUUUCUUCCUCGGUUGUGACACGGUAUCAAAACCGUUUUGUGCAUAAUUUUGUUGCGAGUGAGAGCGUUUGCGACGACACUGAUUCUUUCAUUGCAUGGGAGAGAAGUACUGAAUGCACGGUGCACAAUAAUUCUGUGAGCAUGCACCAUACUUGUAUCUAUGUAUAAAAAAAAAUUAUUCUGAUGUUUAUCAUAUGCGGAUAAUAACGAUAUUGAAGGUGUCUAGGACGUGUGUGGUACUCCCUAUUAGAAACUUUUACGGUUAAGUAGAUUGUGGAAAGGAAGAAGAAACGAGGGAGAUCGAGUUAUAGCUUUAGCGUAUAACUCGAAAUAAUAAAUUUUUAUAUAUCGGAACUUACAUAUUGAAAUUCGACAAGGGAUGAGAGAUACGAACGAGUUAAUAGUGUGUAUUCGCUUCUUUUUAAGUGGAGAUUGUAACCAGUAUAAUUUCGUUGAAUCUUGAUCGUUGCACGCGAAGAUCAUUUUAUUCGAAGUGAUUUUUCCGCACGAAAAUCCGAUAAGUUCGCCCAAUUAUACUCAAGUACAACUCUAAAGUACGAUUGUACGAUUUUACAAUCCUUUUUUAUUAAUAAACUAAUUCUUUUUCACAUAUUCGAGUUCGAUUUUAUCAUUGUGCAAUUGUGAGGAAAAUUCACUGUUGGAAUCAUGAAUAUAUAUUUUCUAUUGCAUAGCCUGGAUGUGGCCCAGUUUAACAGUUUGAAAUAGUAUCUGCUCCUGCUAGUGUUACUAACAUUGUCAGCGUUUGCACAAAUUAAUCGGUGUUUUCAAAGAUCUUAACAUUCUAGAGCGUCGCAGGUUCUAGGUAAUACUAAAUGGGCAUUGUUCUGAAUUGCUCCCGAACAUUGAUAGAAAUCAAUUGAUUAUGUUGUAUCUUUUGUAUAUUUCAUUUUAACAUAAGUAAAUUGCUUCCGCGCUACGCGCAUAUAUUUUGCAUUUUCGAUUGUAUCAACUAAUUAUAUAUAUAUAUACAUAUAUAUAUAUAUAUAUAUUCAGUUUAGAAACUUAGCUUGCGCACAUAACCGCCUCGAAUAAUGAUACCUGAUUUCGCUGUUCUCAUCUGAGAAUCGGAGAGUAACAUAUUUAGCCAGCUCUACGCUAACACGAUCCACUCUGAUGACGUUGCAGUAGAUGUAAACGGACAUAGUGCGUUGUAUAAUAUCUGUGAAAUUGUACAAAUCUAACCAACAUAUAAAUUUUCUAUAUGUAAAAAAAUUGAAACACUUAAAAAAAACAUCGUGUUUCACAGAGAUGAGAUGAGAUGAUAGUGUCCGGUAUGCACACUGAAAAUCAUCAUCUAUUGCACUUGCUAGCGAAAUACCGGUCGCAGGGACAAUGCGCUAAUUCAGUAACUACCGAACGUAAUAUGUUACGCAAAUCAAAAUACAGUGAAAACACAGUUUGGCUCACACCUUCUUUUUUUUUCGAUAGUCUUCUGACGCGUUUGUGAUUUAAAGAGUAUAGGAAUAGGUAAGAAUACUAUUUUUGCGUUCAUUAUUUUAUGGUACCAUAGUUUUGUAUUCUGAGCAUACAAAACCAAUGUGACAUACUUGUAAAUAUUAGCAUAAGAUCGAUAGUUGUACUCUGUUCGUAUCGAACUGUUAAAUCACUUAAUACAGCAUUAUGCUUUCCUUAUUUAACAUAGAAUGCGAGGAGGUAUUUGCUACCUCAAUUUUGUUUCAGCCAAAAGGGAGAAGAAAAAGAAAAAGCGGAAAAAACAUUGAUAUAAGGAUUUUAUAUUAUGUAUAGUCAAGAGCAUCCCUUAUAAAUUAUUAAUAUUUUUCUGUAAGGAUUUGAAAUAUUGAUUCUAAAGAUAAUCAUGUUGUCCAAUUAAUAAUGAACUGAUAUGAUAUUUCUUCUUCUUUCAUAAGGGAAGGCUCCUCAGUUUUAUAUUCAUCGAACAUGCAGAGAAAAACAGGGUCGAGCUUUCCUCGACUUGUAGAACGUACGUUAUAUUGUAUGAUCCGAGACUAUCGACACUGCAUGCUGAACACAGUCGUAUUAACAGUGUAUAAAAUAAAUUAUUUUGUAGAUUAUUUUAUGCGCUCUUGUGAAGCCAAUUUUGCAAUUUUCAUGUGCAUUUCUGUAAAUAGUAUAUGAGAAAGUAAGGUAACAUAUUCGCGACGAUACAGUUUCGUGCUAAGAAAGAAAAGAACGUAGUUAAUAUUUGUUUGGAGGCAGGGUUGACUACGUGGCAACAGAGGUCUGCUGAUUAGAGAUUUUCAUUUGCGAAGUGACGAUUCAGGUGCAGUGAUAGCUAUUUAUAAUUUAUUGCGAGCAUUAUGGGAAACGGCGAUGCGGCGUAUACAACAAUGCACAGUACGGGGGUAAGAAAGAUGCGAGUUGUAAAUAUCGAUUCAAAGAAUGAAAUACAGUGGUAUAUAGUGAAAUAGAGUUUAAUGCGUAUGUUAGAUAUGUAAAGCGAUCAUAACGUAUUUUAUCUAUCUUUAUUGUAGAUUGCUCUGCGUUUCUGAAAAUAUAUCUGCAGAAAAGUUUUUCAUGGUA